AUGUAAAAACAAAAAUACAAGGAUUCAAAAAGUUCCAGAUAUUUAUAUCAAAUUUGGUAAACUGAGAAUAAAAUUCUGUGCAACGGGAAAAUAUUCACAGGGUAUUAACAAAAUUAAUCGUAGAUCUGAAAAUCAUAAAUUAAUAGCAAGUGUUAGUUUUAUAACAAUUCCUUCAAUACUAUUUUAUAUAUUUAUGUCUCCUGUAAACGAUAUCAAAAUAUUAGGAAUUUGCAAAAACAGGAUAGAAUGGUUAUACAGUUGUAUUUGUGUUGAUCUAAAUAACUAUAUAUGUAUUUCUAUCGAUUACAGUUUGUAUGGAUCCCGGAAUCAUACCAAAGAUAGUAAUAAUUUUAGAGAUAAAAGAGACCUGAAUAUGAAAUGAAUGAGGAACUACUGGAAGUGCCUUAGAAAUAUUCAAAAGUCGAUUACAGAUUUAUCAUGGACUCAAAAAUGUUUACAAUAAAAGCUCACUAAUUUAAAUUAAAGUAUUGUGCAACUUGUAAACCAUACAUAUGAAAUUAGGUGCUAUCUAUAGACCAGCUCGAGCUUCUCAUUGUCCUUCUUGCGAUAAUUGCGUUGUUAGAUUUGAUCAUCAUUGUCCUUGGAUUGGAUAAUGUAUUGGAAGAAGGAACUACAUCUAUUUUUAUUUUUUCAUCAUGUCUGUAUCCUUUAAACUGAUUUUUGUCUUUGGUGUGUGUCUCUCAUAUAUUGUUGAUGAAUCUAAGAAGAGAUCAGCAACUAUGGAAACAUCAGAUGCCAUUUCAGAAACCCUGGCUUAUAAUCCUGUAAGCAUAAUACUUGUUAUUUAUUCUUUUGGAGUAAUACUCAACAUUUACAAUUAUAGUUUUCGUGCUUUGUUGUGGGUUUGUGGCUAUUUCAUACUUAUUUAGUAUUCACUAAUAUGACAACGAAUGAGUAUUUGAAGAAACAUUGGAUAGUUGAGAGUAAGAAUCCAUUCAGAAGGUUCUUUUUUAUAAAUUCAUAAUUAGGCAAAAUAUUUUGAAAAACAUUGUUAAUGUUCUUACUUGCAUAACUUAACUGAAAUUUUUAGAAUUAAAGUAAUGUGUCUAUGAGCCUAAAGAAUAAAUGCACGUAAUUAUGAAUUCUUAUAUAUAAUAAGAGUCCAAUUAAUACAUAGAACCAUUUAAAUGAAGGAAACGACUCCUCAAAAUAUAGAGAAGAAGAUAAGAUUUAAGUUGAAUAUAGAGGAAAAUAAAUGCAAUAAUAAAAAAUUCAAAUCAUUUCAGAAAUACAAUCUUGA